GACUCGCUCUCCCACUACUUGCUCUGAUCGCCACUCUCUCUCACCAAUGCCAAUGGGAAUAGAGAUAGCUCUAAAAUCCUAUCGUAUUCGUCAAAGCUUGGAAUCUCAUCAAUACCCAUGCAUGUAGGCCUACACCUGUAAAUGUUCAUAUUUAGCUAGCUCUCUAGACAUUAUUUAUUUGAUUAUGUUUUGUAAAGCUUUAUAGUGGCUUAGGCUAGCUUAUAUUACAGGCGAGGCUGUCGAAGGAAAAUAGUGGUGGCUGGCAAUGCAAUUCUGAUGUUUUAGACAUUGACUAAUCUGUAAUAAUAUAGGGAUAAAAGCAGGUUUACAAAUAGCCUACAUAAAUGUUCAGAGAGCUUCAUGUUGCAAAAACAUUGCCGUGCUAUAGCCUAGCCAAUGAGCCAAUAGACAGCAUCAAGGGUGUUGGCCUUCGGCUAUUUGGAUGUGAUAAUGUUAUAGGCUAAGCUAUAUAGGCUGAAUCUUUAGUUUAUUCAUAUGAAGUGAAAAGUGAAUGACUAACUCAUAAUGACUGGCAGGGGGCGUACAGUAUGUAGCCACACUAGCCACUCUACACGCGUGCACCCUAUACAUCACUCUCAUCAGCAUCCCUUCUAUUUGAUUGGCUGUUUACAUUUUAUUGCGGGGUGUCAUCACUAUCUCGCAACAGUGCAGAGGGCAUCUCAUAGUCACCAUUCGCUGUGACGGGAGGGAGCGGAGAAUGAUUGGGCGUCUGCCUCGCUAGUUUAUUCAAGGAGGAAGAGAAAGGUAUGAGAGGGGCAGGGCAUGGAGAACAGAGGUAGGCUAGAUUAAAUACAAGUAAGGGGUCUCUUGCAGAUUCUUCUUAGAUCUAGGGCUGUUGACUAGUCUUUAUCAUAACCAACAGACUGCAAGGGAAAUCAUUGAAACAUUGUAUUCAUACUUUCAUAUCCUAAUGCGGAAGGCAUGUCUUGUAAAGUGACAUGUCACGACAGAGCGAGAAUAUGAGCAAAUAGUCAGUCAAAAGCGAAGUAUUAAGAUAUAGGUUUAUACGGAACAAAAAAAACAGGAGAGAAGGCGAACUAUGACCGAAGAUGAUUUCUGCUAAGAAAACUCCGGAAAAGAGUCGUUAUCCUAUUCACUAUAUGGUGUGGCACGACAAACAUCGGCAACUGGAGAAAGCGCUAUCCGCGAACGAGCAGGUGGAUGUGGAGACCCUGGACCCCCGGGGUCGGACUCCCCUCCAUCUGGCUGUCACUCUGGGUCACCUGGACUGUGCCCGCCUGCUCCUCCAACAUGGUGCUGACGUCAGCAAGGAGAACCGCAACGGCUGGACGGUGCUCCAGGAGGCAGUCAGCACACGAGACCCAGAGCUGGUGCGCCUAGUUCUGCAUUACCGUGACUACCAGCGGACCACUAAGAGACUGGCGGGAAUCCCUGUCCUCCUGGAGAGACUGCACCAGGCUCAGGACUUUUACGUGGAGAUGAAAUGGGAGUUUACAAGCUGGGUGCCGCUGGUGUCUCGUAUCUGCCCCAGUGACACGUACCGCGUGUGGAAGAGUGGCCAGUGUCUGCGCGUAGACACCACUCUCAUGGGCUUUGAUCAGAUGACCUGGCAGAGGGGAAACCGAAGCUUCAUCUUCCGGGGUCAAGACUCCAGUGCGGUGGUGAUGGAGGUGGACCACGACAGACAGCUGGUGUUCUGUGAGACCCUAUGUGUGUCCUCUCUGACGUCUCCCACCUCGCAGCAGGGCACUGCCGGCCUGGGCCUCCUGGGGGCACUACAGCCCAGCGAGGAGCAGGUGGUAGCCCGCCUCUCCGCCCCCGUGGUCACCACCCAGCUAGACACCAAAAAUAUCACCUUCGAGAGGAAUAAGACUGGCAUCCUAGGCUGGCGCAGUGAGAAGACAGAGAUGGUGAACGGGUAUGAGGCUAAGGUUUACGGCGCCUCCAAUGUGGAACUGAUCACUCGAACCCGAACAGACCAUCUCAGUGAGCCACUCAAAGCUAAGCCCAAAGUCGGUAAGACGCCCCUGCAAAACUUCCUAGGGAUCGCCGAGCAACACAUGGGGCCUAACAAUGGGGCCCUAGUGACUCAGAUGUCAUGUCCUGCCGUAACCAACCCCACAGCCCUGACAGCCGAGGAGUACUUUAAUCCCAACCUGCCCCUGGGCACCCGGGACAUUGGCCACCCCUGUCAACUCACCACCAAGACUCAGAGGUUCAAGGCUAAGCUGUGGCUGUGUGAGGCCCAUCCACUGUCCCUAGCGGAGCAGGUGGCGCCCAUCAUUGACCUCAUGGCCAUCUCCAAUGCCCUCUUCGCCAAGCUCAGGGAUUUCAUUACCCUGCGACUGCCACCUGGCUUCCCUGUCAAGAUCGAAAUUCCCAUCUAUCACAUCCUGAAUGCCCGGAUCACCUUUGGGAACCUGAACGGGUGUGAGGAGGGGUCGGUGACAGGGCCGGGCCGGGUGGAGGGGGAGGUGGACGGACAGAAGGACAGCAGCCCCAGGACUGACACAGACACCCCCUCCCCAGGCAGCGACUCUUCUAGUGUCUCCAGCUCCAGCUCCACAACGUCGUGUCGUGGAGGGGAGAUCCCCCCAUGUGUGUUCGAGCCCCCUCAGGGUUACACUGUGCUGGGAGGCAACCAGCGGGACAACAACAUGCGUGGUGAUGAGGAGGAGGAUCUGCUGCAGUUUGCCAUCCAACAGAGUCUGCUGGAGGCUGGCUCUGAGUACGACCAGGUGACUAUCUGGGAGGCGCUGACCAACAGCAAGCCCAGCACACGUACUCUUCCCUGUGACCCCAGUCGCCUGCAAAGGACUCCCCAGCACAGGCCUUGCCCUCCAGCCAGCCUCUGUAACACGCCCACCAAGAAGACCCCAGCAGCCUGCAGCUACGACCAGCAGCUCCGCCUGGCCAUGGAGCUGUCGGCGCGGGAGCAGGCAGAGGCCGAGCUACGGCGACGGCAAGAGGAGCAGGAGCUGCAGCGGAUCAUCCAACUGUCACUCUUGGAGAAAUGAGAGCCUGAUUGGCCAGAUGGGCUCUAGGAGGUAUGGGAGAGGAGGAGGGUGGAGGUCCAGAGAGGGUAGUCAAUAAGUUCACUCUACUCCUGGCUGUGACAGCCUUGCUCCUCUGACCGUCCCAUAUCCCCUUCCCCACUGCGCUCCUUCAAUAAGAGCCUGUCUGUGUGGCACAACAGGGCUCUACAGUGCUGAUACCGCUACAGUACAGACUCACUACUCUCUGGUGCCACUCUGCACUCGCAGUCAGUGCAAGUUUACAGCAAGAAACAAGAAGAAACACUUUUAAUGGAAUGCUACAUUGACCGACCACAUCAGUGGGGCUAGGGUAAUACAAAUUGUGUUUGUGUUUGUGAAGGCCAUCUUUAAUAAAUGGUCCUGUGAUUGGGGUAUAGGGUUUGUGUCCACUUCACAGACCUGGGUCUUAUUCAUUAGGCACCAACGAAAGAAAAUGUCAUGAAACACGGAUGGACUACCUGAAAUUGUCCAAUAGAAACACUUGUUUUUGUUUACCGUUGCAAAUCAUUCUGCUAUAGUGUGCCCUAAUGAAUACUGCCCUCUGUGUGUGUGUCAGGUGGGUCAAGUGGGGUGGGAUGAUGAAAUACUCUGUUACUUCCUCAUUUCUAAUAGAUUGCUACACCCCCCCCUUUGAUUUGCACAAAAUCGAGACAUACUGUAAUUAGACUGUGGAUGGACUCUUGAUGACUGUUAAUGGUUUGAAUAAGUAGAGAGAUAGAAUAAUAACCCUAUAGAGUUAAUGUUAAUAUGUUAAUAUGAUAACACUAUGUCAGGAGUUCUUUUUAAUAUGUUAAUAUGAUAACACUAUGACAGGAGUUAAUGUUAAUAUGAUAACACUAUGACAGGAGUUCAUGUUAAUAUGAUAACACUGUCAGGAGUUAAUGUUAAUAUGAUAACACUAUGACAGGAGUUCAUUUUAAUAUGUUAAUAUGAUAACACUAUGACAGGAGUUAAUGUUAAUAUGAUAACACUAUGACAGGAGUUAAUUUUAACAUGUUAAUAUGAUAACACUAUGACAGGAGUUAAUGUUAAUAUGUUAACACUAUGACAGGAGUUAAUGUUAAUAUGUUAACACUAUGACAGGAGUUAAUGUUAAUAUGUUAACACUAUGACAGGAGUUAAUGUUAAUAUGAUAACACUAUGACAGGAGUUAAUGUUAAUAUGUUAACACUAUGACAGUAGUUAAUGUUAAUAUGUUAACACUAUGACAGUAGUUGAUGUUAAUAUGCUAAUAUGAUAACACUAUGUCAGGAGUUAAUGUUAAUAUGAUAACACUAUGACAGGAGUUAAUGUUAAUAUGAUAACACUAUGACAGUAGUUAAUGUUAAUAUGUUAACACUAUGACAGGAGUUAAUUUUAACAUGUUAAUAUGAUAACACUAUGACAGGAGUUCAUGUUAAUAUGAUAACACUAUGACAGGAGUUAAUGUUAAUAUGAUAACACUAUGUCAGGAGUUAAUGUUAAUAUGAUAACACUAUGACAGGAGUUCAUUUUAAUAUGCUAAUAUGAUAACACUAUGUCAGGAGUUCAUUUUAAUAUGUUAAUAUGAUAACACUAUGACAGGAGUUAAUGUUAAUAUGAUAACACUAUGACAGGAGUUAAUGUUAAUAUGAUAACACUAUGUCAGGAGUUAAUGUUAAUAUGAUAACACUAUGUCAGGAGUUAAUGUUAAUAUGAUAACACUAUGACAGGAGUUCAUGUUAAUAUGAUAAUAUGAUAACACUAUGUCAGGAGUUCAUUUUAAUAUGUUAAUAUGAUAACACUAUGUCAGGAGUUCAUUUUAAUAUGUUAAUAUGAUAACACUAUGACAGGAGUUAAUGUUAAUAUGAUAACACUAUGACAGGAGUUAAUGUUAAUAUGAUAACACUAUGUCAGGAGUUAAUGUUAAUAUGAUAACACUAUGUCAGGAGUUCAUGUUAAUAUGAUAACACUAUGUCAGGAGUUCAUUUUAAUAUGUUAAUAUGAUAACACUAUGACAUGAGUUAAUGUUAAUAUGAUAACACUAUGUCAGGAGUUCAUUUUAAUAUGUUAAUAUGAUAACACUAUGACAUGAGUUAAUGUUAAUAUGAUAACACUAUGUCAGGAGUUCAUUUUAAUAUGUUAAUAUGAUAACACUAUGACAGGAGUUCAUUUUAAUAUGUUAAUAUGAUAACACUAUGACAGGAGUUAAUGUUAAUAUGAUAACACUAUGACAGGAGUUAAUUUUAACAUGUUAAUAUGAUAACACUAUGACAGGAGUUAAUGUUAAUAUGUUAACACUAUGACAGGAGUUAAUGUUAAUAUGUUAACACUAUGACAGGAGUUAAUGUUAAUAUGUUAAUAUGAUAACACUAUGACAGGAGUUCAUGUUAAUAUGAUAACACUAUAUCAGGAGUUAAUGUUAAUAUGAUAACACUAUGACAGGAGUUCAUUUUAAUAUGUUAAUAUGAUAACACUAUGACAGGAGUUAAUGUUAAUAUGAUAACACUAUGACAGGAGUUAAUUUUAACAUGUUAAUAUGAUAACACUAUGACAGGAGUUAAUGUUAAUAUGUUAACACUAUGACAGGAGUUAAUGUUAAUAUGUUAACACUAUGACAGGAGUUAAUGUUAAUAUGAUAACACUAUGACAGGAGUUAAUGUUAAUAUGAUAACACUAUGACAGGAGUUAAUGUUAAUAUGAUAACACUAUGUCAGGAGUUAAUGUUAAUAUGAUAACACUAUGACAGGAGUUCAUUUUAAUAUGUUAAUAUGAUAACACUAUGACAGGAGUUAAUGUUAAUAUGAUAACACUAUGACAGGAGUUCAUGUUAAUAUGAUAACACUAUGUCAGGAGUUAAUGUUAAUAUGAUAACACUAUGUCAGGAGUUCAUGUUAAUAUGAUAACACUAUGUCAGGAGUUAAUGUUAAUAUGAUAACACUAUGACAGGAGUUCAUUUUAAUAUGUUAAUAUGAUAACACUAUGACAGGAGUUAAUGUUAAUAUGAUAACACUAUGACAGGAGUUAAUUUUAACAUGUUAAUAUGAUAACACUAUGACAGGAGUUAAUGUUAAUAUGUUAACACUAUGACAGGAGUUAAUGUUAAUAUGUUAACACUAUGACAGGAGUUAAUGUUAAUAUGAUAACACUAUGACAGGAGUUAAUGUUAAUAUGAUAACACUAUGACAGGAGUUAAUGUUAAUAUGUUAACACUAUGUCAGGAGUUCAUGUUAAUAUGAUAAUAUGAUAACACUAUGUCAGGAGUUAAUUUUAAUAUGUUAAUAUGAUAACACUAUGUCAGGAGUUCAUGUUAAUAUGUUAAUAUGAUAACACUAUGACAGGAGUUCAUGUUAAUAUGAUAAUAUGAUAACACUAUGUCAGGAGUUCAUUUUAAUAUGUUAAUAUGAUAACACUAUGACAGGAGUUAAUGUUAAUAUGAUAACACUAUGACAGGAGUUAAUGUUAAUAUGAUAACACUAUGUCAGGAGUUAAUGUUAAUAUGAUAACACUAUGUCAGGAGUUCAUGUUAAUAUGAUAACACUAUGUCAGGAGUUCAUUUUAAUAUGUUAAUAUGAUAACACUAUGACAAGAGUUAAUGUUAAUAUGAUAACACUAUGACAGGAGUUCAUUUUAAUAUGUUAAUAUGAUAACACUAUGACAAGAGUUAAUGUUAAUAUGAUAACACUAUGACAGGAGUUAAUUUUAAGAUGUUAAUAUGAUAACACUAUGACAGGAGUUAAUGUUAAUAUGUUAACACUAUGACAGCAGUUAAUGUUAAUAUGUUAACACUAUGACAGGAGUUAAUGUUAAUAUGAUAACACUAUGUCAGGAGUUAAUGUUAAUAUGAUAACACUAUGACAGGAAUUCAUUUUAAUAUGUUAAUAUGAUAACACUAUGUCAGGAGUUAAUGUUAAUAUGAUAACACUAUGACAGGAGUUAAUGUUAAUAUGAUAACACUAUGACAGGAGUUCAUUUUAAUAUGUUAAUAUGAUAACACUAUGUCAGGAGUUCAUGUUAAUAUGAUAACACUAUGUCAGGAGUUCAUGUUAAUAUGAUAACACUAUGACAGGAGUUCAUGUUAAUAUGAUAACACUGACAGGAGUUCAUGUUAAUAUGAUAACACUAUGUCAGGAGUUCAUGUUAAUACGAUAACACUAUGACAGGAGUUCAUGUUAAUAUGAUAACACUAUGACAGGAGUUCAUGUUAAUAUGAUAACACUAUGACAGGAGUUCAUGUUAAUAUGAUAACACUAUGACAGGAGUUAAUGUUAAUAUGAUAACACUAUGACAGGAGUUCAUGUUAAUAUGAUAACACUAUGACAGGAGUUCAUGUUAAUAUGAUAACACUAUGACAGGAGUUAAUGUUAAUAUGUUAACACUAUGACAGAAGUUAAUGUUAAUAUGAUAACACUAUGUCAGGAGUUAAUGUUAAUAUGAUAACACUAUGACAGGAGUUCAUGUUAAUAUGAUAACACUAUGACAGGAGUUAAUGUUAAUAUGUUAACACUAUGACAGGAGUUAAUGUUAAUAUGAUAACACUAUGACAGGAGUUAAUGUUAAUAUGAUAACACUGUGACAGGAGUUCAUGUGAAUAUGAUAACACUAUGUCCGGAGUUCAUUUUAACAUGUUAAUAUGAUAACACUAUGACAGGAGUUAAUGUUAAUAUGAUAACACUAUGACAGUAGUUAAUGUUAUUAUGAUAACACUAUGACAGGAGUUCAUGUUAAUAUGAUAACACUAUGACAGGAGUUAAUGUUAUUAUGAUAACACUAUGACAGGAGUUAAUGUUAAUAUGAUAACACUAUGACAGGAGUUAAUGUUAAUAUGUUAACACUAUGACAGGAGUUAAUGUUAAUACGAUAACACUAUGACAGGAGUUCAUUUUAAUAUGUUAACACUAUGUCAGGAGUUAAUGUUAAUAUGAUAACACUAUGACAGGAGUUAAUGUUAAUAUGAUAACACUAUGACAGGAGUUAAUGUUAAUAUGUUAACACUAUGACAGGAGUUAAUGUUAAUAUGAUAACACUAUGACAGGAGUUAAUGUUAAUAUGAUAACACUAUGACAGGAGUUAAUGUUAAUAUGAUAACACUAUGUCAGAAGUUAAUGUUAAUAUGAUAACACUAUGACAGGAGUUCAUGGUAAUCUGAUAACACUAUGUCAGGAGUUAAUGUUAAUAUGAUAACACUAUGUCAGGAGUUCAUUUUAAUAUGAUAACACUAUGACAGGAGUUAAUGUUAAUAUGAUAACACUAUGACAGGAGUUAAUGUUAAUAUGAUAACACUAUGACAGGAGUUAAUGUUAAUAUGAUAACACUGACAGGAGUUAAUGUUAAUAUGAUAACACUAUGACAGGAGUUCAUUUUAAUAUGUUAAUAUGAUAACACUAUGACAGGAGUUAAUGUUAAUAUGAUAACACUAUGACAGGAGUUCAUUUUAACAUGUUAAUAUGAUAACACUAUGACAGGAGUUAAUGUUAAUAUGUUAACACUAUGACAGGAGUUAAUGUUAAUAUGAUAACACUAUGACAGGAGUUCAUUUUAACAUGUUAAUAUGAUAACACUAUGACAGGAGUUAAUGUUAAUAUGUUAACACUAUGACAGGAGUUAAUGUUAAUAUGAUAACACUAUGACAGGAGUUCAUGUUAAUAUGAUAACACUAUGACAGGAGUUAAUGUUAAUAUGAUAACACUAUGACAGGAGUUAAUGUUAAUAUGAUAACACUAUGACAGGAGUUAAUGUUAAUAUGUUAACCCUAUAGAGUUAAUGUUAAUAUGAUAACACUAUGACAGGAGUUAAUGUUAAUAUGUUAACACUAUGACAGGAGUUAAUGUUAAUAUGAUAACACUAUGACAGGAGUUAAUGUUAAUAUGAUAACACUAUGUCAGGAGUUAAUGUUAAUAUGAUAACACUAUGACAGGAGUUAAUGUUAAUAUGAUAACACUAUGACAGGAGUUAAUGUUAAUAUGAUAACACUAUGACAGGAGUUCAUGUUAAUCUGAUAACACUAUGUCAGGAGUUAAUGUUAAUAUGAUAACACUAUGACAGGAGUUAAUGUUAAUAUGAUAACACUAUGACAGGAGUUAAUGUUAAUAUGAUAACACUAUGACAGGAGUUAAUGUUAAUAUGAUAACACUAUGACAGGAGACUGGUUCGUUGGCAGCUUGUCUUUUUACAACAGGUGCAGCAUCCUAUACCUUUCAAUGUGUACGGCCAUCAUACAGCUGCUGUUGCUCACUCUUUGGACUCCAGAGGGGCUAAUAUAACCAUGACCUACACUAUAUGGCUACACAUAAAAAUGAAUAUAUACUGAAGAAAAAAAUAAAUGCACAUGCAACAUUUUCAAACAUUUUACUGAGUUACAGUUCAUAUAAGGAAAUCAGUUAAUUGAAAUAUAUGCAUUAGGCCCUAAUCUAUGGAUUUCACAUGAUUGGGAAUACUGAUAUGCAUCUGUUGGUCACAGAUACCUUAAAAUAAAGUAGGGGAGUGGAUCAGAAAACCAGUCAGUAUCUGAUGUGACCACCAUUUGCCUCAUGCAGCAGGACACAUCUCCAUUGCAUAGAGUUGAUCAGGCUGUUGAUUGUGGCCAGCCUCUUCAAUGGCUGUGCAAAGUUGCUGGAUAUUGUACACGUCGAUCCAGAGCAUCCCAAACAUGCUCAAUGGGUGACAUGUCUGGUGAGUAUGCAGGCCAUGGAAAAACUGGGACAUUUUCAGCUUCCAGGAAUUGUGUACAGAUCCUUGCGACAUGGGGCCGUGCAUUAUCAUGCUGAAACGUGAGGUUGUGGCGGCAGAUGAAUGGCACGACAAUGGGCCUCAGGAUCUCGUCAUGGCAUCUCUGUACAUUCAGAUAAAAUUCAAUUGUAUUCGUUGUCCGUAGCUUAUGCCUGCCCAUACCAUAACCUCACCGCCACCAUGGGGCACUCUGUUCACAACAUUGACAUCAGCAAACCGCUCGUCCUCACAACGCCAUACACUGCCGUCUGUCCGGUACAGUUGAAACCGGGAUUCAUCCGUGAAGAGCACACUUCUCCAGCCUGCCAGUGGCCAUCGAAGGUGAGCAUUUGCCCACUGAAGUCAGUUACGAACCCGAACUGCCGUCAGGUCAAGACCCUUGGGAGGACGACAAGCAUGCAGAUGAGCUUCCACGAGACAGUUUCUGCAGAAAUUCUUCAGUUGUGCAAACCCAGUUUCAUCAGCUGACCUGGUGGUUGGUCUCAGACGAUCCCGCAGGUGAAGAAACCGGAUGUGAGGGUCCUGGACUGACGUGGAUACAUGUGGUCAGCGGUUGUGAGGCCGGUUGGACGUACUGCUAAAUUUUCAAAAAUUUCUCUAGCAAGUUAUCUGGUGGACAUUCCUGCAGUCAGCAUGUCAAUUGCAAGAUCCCUCAAAACCUGUGACAUCUGUGUAACAAAACUGCACAUUUUAGAGUGGCCUUUUAUUGCCCCCCAGCACAAGGUGCACCUGUGUAAUGAUCAUGCUGUUUAAUCAGCUUCUUGAUAUGCCACACCUGUCAGGUGGAUGGAUUAUCUUGGAGAAAUGCUCACGAACAGGGAUGUAAAAAACAAAUUUGUGCACAAAAUUUGAGCGAAUGGAACAUUUCUGGGAUCUUUUAUUUGAACUGAUGAAACAUGGCACCAACACUUUACAUGGUUCAUUUAUAUUUCUGUUCAGUGUAGAUCCAUCUUUUUCAUGGAGGUUAUUACAGGGAGCACAGAUAUUGUAGGUUUCUGUUAUCAAGGGAGAGGUGGAGAGAAUAGAGAUGACAAACGGGGACUGGUGGAGACACGUUUCAUGGUGACCUUUGCAAGUUUGAUAUUCUAAUGAAAAAGCAUCUGUACUUGAUAUGAAUGGAGUUGUGAUGUGUUUGUCUGUGUGGAGUGUUGAGUUGUGGUAUUUGUAUGACAUUUCAGCAUAGCCUACACUUGGGAUUUCAUUUCUGACCUGAGCCAAACUCUGAGGGGAGGGGUAUAUGGGCAGGUGUCACAAGUUGCUUGGUUUUUAGUACAAAAAAUAUUAAAAUAGUAUUAGAACAUCAGCACAAGUUAGGAGUCUGGUUCAUACUCCUAUUUAUUGUUUAGCUUGCCAGAUUAGUAUUAUUAUUUUAAGUGGCUGGUUUUCACAAAGUAGGAGCUAGAGGUAAUGAAACAUUGUGGCGUGUGUAAGGAAGUCAAUAAAAAAACAUUUUUUUGAA